AUGGCUGCUCUCAUCCACAGCUGCGAAGAAGCAACCUCCACGGCUACUAGUGCUCAUCAUCGAUAUCAUGGUGGUGCUUCUGCUUUCAUGGCCCCUCGCUGGAUCCCAAAACGGGGCCAAGUUCUCAAGAAGGUUCUCAAGACCGUCUUUUCUUGUCUCUGUUUUGAUCAUCAUCAGCUCAAACACACAUCAUCAUCAAACCCCACCAAAUAUUAA